AUGUCGAUACUUGUUCCAUUAUACGUCUAUCCGUGGCCUGGCGCAUGGGAUCCUCUAAUUUCAGCGGCGAAGCGGCAUCCAAAUGUGGACUUCACAGUGAUCUUGAAUCCUUGUUCAGGUCCCUGUGUUGGCUCACUUCCCGACCAGUACUACCUCGACGCAAUUCCUAAGCUGAGAUCAUACAACAACAUACGAUCAUUGGGAUACGUAGCGACGAACUACACCACCAAGCCGCUCGACGAUGUUCUGAAGGAGAUCGACACAUAUGCCUCGUGGCCGAAGACUUCAAACAACACUAAGCUAAAAGUAGACGGCAUCUUCUUUGAUGAAACCCCAAGCACAUACGACACGUUCAAAUAUAAUUAUCUCAGCCGUGCAGGUCAGGCAGUCAAGAAUGGCAAUCGUUUCCGCGAUAAAUUUGUUGUCCACAACCCCGGCCUAAUCACUCCCGCGCUUCUCACCUCUCCCACCUUCUCGCAGCAAUCCUACGUUAAUUUAUCCGAUAUCACCGUAAUAUUCGAAGAAACCUUUGACAAAUGGCUCAAUCCAUCUACUUUCGACGCACUGCAAGCACAUCGAAUCCGAAGGUCGAAACUCGCUGUCAUAUUACACAGUUUGCCAGACUUGAGCAAGAGAGUGCUGGAUUUCGUGGUAGAGCAAGUGCAAGACGCGGCCGACUGGGUAUUUUUGACGGAUAUCAGGGUCAAAGACGAGUACUAUCAUUCGUUCAGUGGCAUCUUUGAGGAUUUGGUGAAAAGCGUGGAUGGCGGGGCGGAGAAGUAG